AUGGCAUCACAAUCUCUGGAUACCGAGUCAGGCGAUAGAGCAUCUUCAAAGGUGCCCAUAUUGCUUCUCAAAACAAGGUCAACACCAAGUGAUGCUUAUGAGGAAAUCUUGACAACUUCAAAGCCCAAGAACGAGUCACUUGGCCGAAAGCUUGACCCUCAAUUUGUCCCUGUGCUACGGCAUCGGCUUGAUGAAGGCGGGAUGCAGAGAACAAGAUCCUUGCUCCAAGCGAACGAGAUCGGCGAUAGACCAGGUUGUAGGUAUGGAGGAAUGAUAUUUACGUCUCAGCGAGCUGUGGAGGCGUUUACCAAAGUGGUCAACGACGAGAGAGGAGGACAUAGAGAAUCGCCGUUUCUGCAAAAUACGCCAAUAUACAGUGUCGGGCCCGCGACUACCCGUGCGUUAAGGGCUAUCCAAGUAGAGCCUCCGCUGCAAAUAUUCGGCGAACACACGGGCAAUGGCGAGGCUCUAGCGGCAUAUAUUCAACAGCACUAUGGACAGUGGUAUCGUGAUCGCGAAGUCAGGCCUCCCCUUCUAUUCCUGGUCGGUGAGCAACGCCGUGACGUCAUCCCUAGAGUCUUGAUGGACCCCAGUUUACCACAGGGCGAAAGGAUCAUUGUCGAUGAGGAGGUGAUAUAUGGCACUGGCGUUAUGAAAUCAUUUUCAGAAGAGUUCGAAUCCAUACUGAAUGACACCCGACAUGAACCUGAGCGGUGGGUUGUUGUAUUCUCCCCCACGGGGUGUGACACCAUGCUUCGAGGCUUGGGACUGCUUGAUGAGAGUAGUGGGAAAGUCAAUUUAGAACAUAGGGAUGGUAGGACUUUUAUUGCAACAAUCGGCCCAACAACGAGGGCGCAUUUGGUCAAUCGCUUCGGGUUUGAGCCAGAUGUGUGUGCCGAAUCACCCAGCCCGGAUGGGAUCCUGCAUGGUAUUACAAAGUUCACAACAAGCCGCACCUGA